UGGCCUUUUUUUUCCCCUCAGUACUACUACAACAUAGACAUGCACCCUUAAAUCCAUUUUUUCCUGAUUCUGAUAAAUGUUGAUGUUUUACUGAUCUGGUUCUCCAGCCCUCCUUUGUGUUUUGUUCAUGUAACUUCACAUCAGUCUUCUUUUCAGACUUUAUUUUGUCCUGCAGUCCUUUUUUGAAAAGCAAUGCGAGGCAUGCAAAUCCUCUAAAAGUAAUACAAUACAAGAAGUGUUAACUAAUAGACAAAAUACAUCUACCCAAGGUGCUCAGUACUUGUCAGUCUGAAGUAUUUUGGAUUUUACAAACCAAUAAUUUUAAAGGAGAAUGAGACCCACAUAAGUGGACAAUAAAUUCAAAACAGAUGUUUCCCAUACAAUAGUCACAUUUUAAGAAGUUUUUGUGUGUGUUUUUUUAAAACCCCUGCUUAAGUUUGCAGAUCACUUUUCAUAUACAAGUUUACUAGAACAAUGAAUAUAUAGUGGUAUUGCAUCAUACCUGAAGUGUGGUGGAAUCAGCAUGAUUUGUUCAUUUUCUAUGCUAACUUCAAGUUAAAUGGGGAAGGAGUGAAUGCCCUGAAGAAGGUAUAAUGUGCUAAUGUGCAACAGCUCUGUGGCAGGUGGAACAUGGUAGUUAAACACAAAUUGGUUUUCAAAGGUGUGACACUUCAGGUUGGUUUUUGAAUUAAGUUCCUGGAGUCAGUGCUUAUGAUGCAUGUAAAUAAACAAAAAACACUAAAAACAACAUGAAAGAGAAAAAAUCUCAAGCCAUUAUGAAGUAGUCAUGAAAACCAUGAAAACAUGAAUGAAACAGGAGGGCUUAAUUCAGGACAUGUAAAGUCCUAAUGUUUACUGCUCUUCAGAAUAUUCCAUAAUUUCUAAGUAAAUGUUAUGACAAUAACAUUUACUUAGGCAACAAGAGUUGACUGCGCUGAAUUUGUAUCCUUUGCUAUUGAAAAGAAAACAUUCAACAGGAUGGAAGAAAAACUUUAAUGUAAAUAUAAUAUGGAUGCUUUCUUAUGUGCCAUGGCUUGUAAACAGUGAGGGUAGGGCAAAGUGUUCAGAUGAUACACAUGAGUGGCAGAAUUAGCUGUGAGUUUCAAAUAAGGCUAUUUGCUUGUGGAAGUUAUAAUUCUGUAUUUUUAGAAUAAGGGUGUUUCUUUUAUUUUCUCAUUUCGUAUCACUGUCCCCCUUUUUUUCUUCCCUCCUUGUGUGGUGGUUUUGUAAAUUUUGUCAUGAACAGUUUUCUUUCUAUGAAAAAAAAAAUUUAAUCCAUGGUAGUUGCUACCUUCUGUGGACAAAAAUAUGUUGCAUAAAAAACAAAACCCACAAACAAACCCUUUUAUAUUUAUGUAUCAGGUGCUUACAAGUAUCCGCUGUCCUGCACUGAUAAGAUAAAUUAGCAUUCCUACUUAGCUCUCCACAUGCUUAAUUUCCUUCAAAAAUGUACACAAAGGAAUUUUGAAAGGCAUUUUGUGUUAUUGAAAGUUUUAAAGGAUGGUUAUGAUUUGAGUUUGUGAGAAGUAAAAUUAGAUGUAGACUAAAAUUCCAAUUCAUAGCAAUUGCCUAAUGACUAGUAAGUCUAAACCAGGCCAAUUUUAUUUGACUUUUCCAGACAACUGCUCUUUUUGGCUUUCAGAGCCAAGUUACCAAUUUUCAGAUAAAAUCAAUUCUGUUAGCCACAGUCAAAGGUGGUGGCUAAAAUUAGAGUUAACUUGCAGCCCUAGCUAUGAACAGUCUGCUGUCUAUCCAUAAUUACUCUAAGAGGAUUGUGCCAACUUUAAUAAUAGUUUAUUUUGUUGAAGUAUGUGAUUUUUACAAUUUUUUUAAUAACACAUUGGAGUUCUGUUUGUUGAAAUUUUUGUUAGGUUUUGUUUGGGUUGUGGGAUGGAGACUUGGAAAUAUCUUGAGUUACAAUGUAGUACCUUCAAGGUAAAAUGUCCUAAGCAUUGCUACACUAAUGAAAGCAGCCUCCUAAUAUUGCAGUUAAUACUGCAUUUCCUUUCCCUGUAUUUUGUACUCCAUUUGUAUAUAUUCCUUUGCACUCCACUCCAAGUACACUGUUUAAAAGGGAAAUAAUGAGUGGGCUUACUGGGUAAUCUCAUCAGAAAGUGCAGCCCUGAAGUUUGCAAAGGUCAUGCUUGUCACUGAGCUGGAUAGGGGCAGAAAUUUCUUAGCUGUCAUGGAGGGCAUGUAGUAAAUGACAUUUUUGUAAUAUAUGGAAACACAUCCCUAUAAAAAAAACCCAAGAGUUGCAUAGUCUACAGGUAAAAAUUAUGUUCCCUUUCCAAAAACAGAGUUAUCAGGUCAUGUCAUUAUAACUGAAUAAAGAAAGUGACAUACCUGUGGGGCAGACUGCAAAAGGAAGACAUUAAUUUGAAGUGGUAUGGUGUGGAAAAUACCAUACCAUGGUGUGGAAAGUGACAAAAAGAAGUGAAUGGGGUAGAAAGAGUCUCCUGAAAUGUUGUCUGCAAGUUCCGAAGUGUGUGGCUGAAGAAGAUCCGCCUUUGUCAUACCUGGCUCUGUGUUAGUUCCUUUGGUUUUGAGGAAGAGUUUGAAUAGCAUUAUGGAGGGAAAAUCAUUAAUGUAAAAGCUGUAGAAGUGGCUAAAGAGGAGAGACACAUUUUUUGAGAUAUCUGUAGUUUCAUGGGAUGUGGCGAGCUUUUUACUUAUACAAGGUGCAGCAUUUUCUCUUCUGAAAGGUGGCUUUGGAAUAAAAAUAAAACCGUGAGCAAAGCCCAGGGUGCUUUUUUGCUUAAACAUGAGUACCAGAAGUAUGUCCUUAGUUCAGGGUGUUAAAUAACUUGUAAUAAAUAGCCAUAAAGAAAAGAAUGGGCAAUGUUGUGGCAGAACCAAAGAGAACAUUAAACUAAUGUAUUUCACCACUGGUUUUGGAGCAGAGUGAUAGGCACCAUUCCUCCCCAGACAUUUUCUUUCUCUACUAGAGCAGAGAUUAAAAGAUCGUCAAUGAUAAAUUCAAACAAACAAACACAAAAAAAACCAGAGCAAAACAAAAAAGUGGAUGCCCCAUCCCUGGGAGUGUUCAUGGCCAGGCUGGAGGCGGCCUUUAGGAACCUGGUGUAGUGAAAGGUGUCCCUGCCCAGGGCAGGGGGCUGGAGCUGCCUGAUCAUUAAGGUCCCUUCCAACCCAAACCAUUUUAUGAUUCUAUGAGCUUAGAUAAAAGGUAAGGUAAUAAAAUUGUCAAAGAAUGAUCUAGUCACUGAAAGAACCAUUUGGUUUGGGUUUUUUGUGGUGUUUGGUUUUGAUUGGCCGGUUGGUUUGGGGAGGGCUUUUGUUUAUUUGUCUUCCUUUUUUUGGCCAGUUGUUAGUUUGACAGGUCAACACAACAAUAAUUUUUUACUUCAGUUAAGCUGUUAGUGGAUGUUACAGCUCCAGUGAAGGUUUGUGUGGGGGCUGAUGUUUGCGAGGCAGAUCAGCCAUGGCCGCACGCGUGCCCAACUCUAACGGUCACUUCCUGCACCCUCGGGGCUGCACCUGUGUUCCACCAGCCCAACACCCUCUGGUCUGAGGAGAGCACUGCUGUCCUGCUGCUCUGCUGCUGCCUCAGCUCAGCCCCUUGCUUUGUCAAGUGCUUGGUUUGUUACACCAUUGGUGUCCAGGCUCUUCCGAUAAAGCAAAUGGAUUAUCUCCCAGUGCACUCCAAAAGUAUGUAUGUAUGCAGGAGUGAAGUUUACUGAAGGUCUGUGAACCAUGAAUGUGUGCCUCAGAGGUCUCAGUGGGACAUGUGAGUGAGUAGAAAACCAGGUUGGAAACAAGGUAUUAGGAAAACCUAUUCAGCACAUGCAGUUGUCUCCCUGUAGUAGGGAGCACCUUCUCCCUCUCUUCUUGCAAUCUUUUUCAAGUGUAGAUCACUCAUGUUAAAUAUAUAGCUGGGAACAUCUUGUGUUAAGUAGAGAUAUGAACCUGAACAGAAGAAGAGGUCAAGCGUGGAAAUAAAUUCCAGUCAGUACUGGAUGAUUGAGAAGUCCCUUUUCUCUCACUCCCUCUUGUUUGUAGAGGUGGUGCUUGAAUUCACUUGAGAAAUGAAGAAAAGAAAAGUACAGCUAUGGUAUUUUUAAAGGAAAAAAAAAAGAGGAAAAGAACUUACUCUUUAAAUUCACAUUAGCACCUGGAAGUGGGUGGCUCAACCCUGUAAUCAUCUGCAUCAUCACAUUACCUUUUCCUGAUCAGAAUAUGGAGUAAUAAAUUUUGUGAUGGCCGCAUCAUGCUUGAACUUUUAUAUAAAUGUUCUUGCUGUUUAGGACACAAGUUUUUGAGUGGCAGACUAUUUGAAAUUGUUUAAUAGAGCCUCAUAGUUAGUCCACUUACUUCUGUGGACCACUUUUGGAAAAGAAGAUUGAUUUCUCCGUAGACCAAAGCCUCUUCUUGGUUCUCCAGCGCUCCAGCAUACUUUGUGGUCGCAGCAACAAGUGCGUUCUGGUUGUCACUGAGUGGUUCAAAGAUGCAACGUGGGUGUGACGUUCCCCUUUGAGAAACCAUAGCUCUGCAAAUAAGCUUUCUUUAGCCAUAUUGUGUACAUGCUUGAAGGGAUUAGUAAUAGAUUUUUGGUUUUUUUUUCGUGGAAGUCAUUGGAAAGCAAAAGACUAAAUCUAUUUUGAUUUCACUCGGGAUAGAUUAAUGGGUGUCAAAUGUUACACAAUACUUGACAUAUCCACUGCUGCUAAGUUGGCCGUGGCAAAGGGAUUACCUGAUAAUGAAUCACCAAGCUCUUUAGCUGUUUAAAAGGAAUUGUGCCACUUCCUUGCCCUGGCAGGACUCUCUUCCCUGCCUGGGACCUUGCUGAGACAGUGCGUGUUCACGUGUGGAAAACUCCACGCAGAUGUGCAAGCACCAGCUUGACAGCUUUGUGUUCAGCUUCUACCUUGCUAAUUGUUUUCGUGGGAUUAUUUGGAUUGUGUGGAAAGCUUUUUCCAAAUCCCCUUUAUUACUGAUGUUAUUGUUGCCAGCAGGAAUAAGAUUAAAGGUGCUUAAGUCUGUAGAGUUGUUUCUAAUUUGUACGUGUCAUUUCAGUGGCAUUUGAACAGAACUCUGUCUCUUCCCCUCCCUGAUCCCCUGUGGUACUGUGCUUGAGUUAGGGCUGAGAAGCCAAGCUAUUGGAAGAAAAUUCAUUUUGUUCCCUAAUUAUUAUGCUGGCACUCGGGAGAUAAUUUUUCCCUUCAUGCACUGCCAAUUAAUAUGUAAAUGAGCUGAUAAAUAUUUAUACCGUGAUUUAAAUUAUGCAGGGAGCGCUUUCAGUGUACUCUGCAAAUGAAUUGUUCAUGGACUUCAAAGUGCUGGCUGCUGUGCUAACGAGAGGAGAUUUGCAUAAGGCCCUAAUCAGGCGCAUACUGAUUAAGCUUCAUUAUGGAAACUGCCAGCUGCAAUCUUUGUUUCUAUUUUAUUACAAAAAGGGGAACUUUUCACGCUUCAGUCGCCUUGACAAUGUCAGACACAGCUAGUAGGAGAGACUAAAACUCCACACAGCAACUGAAGUUUCCCUGUUCAGUUGAAGAUUGCUAUGGUGUAACUGAAGUUGUAUUUCUCCCCCCACCUCCCCACUCCCUUUCAUGUUCAGUCAGAGCAGUAGUGUAGAUUUGAUAGAAAUUGCCAUUCUCCCGUUCCUUGGACUGUCUGAACCUGUAGAGGAUACCACAGCAAUGCUGGACUGCAGCGACUACGUUCUAGACUCAAGAAUGAACAAUCCGUCAGAAACCAGUAAAUCAUCGAUGGAGAGUGGGGACGGGAACACAGGCACGCAAACAAAUGGCCUGGACUUUCAAAAGCAGCCUGUGCCUGUCGGAGGAGCAAUCUCUACAGCCCAGGCCCAGGCCUUCCUUGGGCACCUUCAUCAGGUCCAGCUCGCUGGAACAAGUUUACAGGCUGCUGCUCAGUCCUUAAAUGUACAGUCUAAAUCUAAUGAAGAAUCUGGGGACUCUCAGCAGCCAAGCCAGCCUUCCCAGCAGCCUUCAGUGCAGGCGGCCAUACCCCAGACCCAGCUCAUGCUGGCCGGAGGACAGAUCACCGGGGUAAGAGUUACCCAGGGAUGCUGCAGUCCCACACAGCUCACGUUGACGCCAGCCCAGCAACAGUUAUUGCUCCAACAGGCGCAGGCCCAGUUGCUGGCGGCUGCAGUGCAGCACUCAGCCAGUCAGCAGCACAGCGCUGCUGGUGCCACCAUCUCGGCCUCUGCUGCGACGCCGAUGACGCAGAUCCCUCUAUCUCAGCCAAUACAGAUUGCACAGGAUUUGCAGCACUUGCAGCAGCUUCAGCAGCAGAAUCUCAACCUGCAACAGUUUGUGUUGGUGCAUCCAACAACCAACUUGCAGCCAGCACAGUUCAUCAUCUCACAAACGCCGCAGGGGCAGCAGGGUCUCCUGCAAGCGCAGAAUCUCUUAACGCAACUACCUCAGCAAAGCCAAGCCAACCUCCUGCAGUCUCAGCCAAGCAUCACCCUUGCCUCGCAGCCAGCAACCCCAACACGCACAAUAGCAGCGACCCCCAUUCAGCCACUUCCACAGAGCCAGUCAACACCAAAGCGAAUCGACACUCCCAGCUUGGAGGAGCCCAGUGACCUUGAGGAGCUUGAGCAGUUUGCCAAGACUUUCAAACAAAGACGGAUCAAACUUGGAUUCACUCAGGGUGAUGUUGGGCUCGCUAUGGGCAAACUCUAUGGAAAUGACUUCAGCCAAACUACCAUCUCUCGCUUUGAAGCCUUGAACCUCAGCUUUAAGAACAUGUGCAAGUUAAAGCCACUUCUGGAAAAGUGGCUCAAUGAUGCAGAAAACCUGUCAUCUGAUUCAACUCUCUCCAGCCCAAGUGCCCUGAAUUCUCCAGGGCAAGGGAUCGAAGGCUUGAACCGUAGGAGGAAGAAACGCACCAGCAUAGAGACCAACAUACGUGUGGCCUUAGAGAAGAGUUUCCUGGAGAACCAAAAGCCUACCUCGGAUGAGAUCGCCAUGAUAGCUGACCAGCUAAACAUGGAGAAGGAGGUGAUCCGCGUUUGGUUCUGUAACCGGCGCCAGAAGGAGAAAAGGAUCAACCCACCCAGCAGUGGUGGAACCAGCAGCUCGCCCAUCAAAGCAAUUUUCCCUUGUCCAACCUCACUGGUGGCAACCACGCCAAGCCUUGUGACUAGCAGUGCAGCUACAACCCUGACUGUCAACCCCGUGCUCCCUCUGGCCAGUCCUGCUGUCACCAGUCUGUCAGUCACAGGCACAACAGAAACCACCUCCAACAACACGGCAACAGUGAUUUCAACAGCACCUCCAGCUUCUUCAGCAGUGACAUCACCCUCCCCGAGCCCUUCCCCUUCUGCCUCAGCCUCCACUUCCGAGGCCUCCAGUGCCAGUGAGACCAGCACAACACAGACAACCUCCACUCCCUUGUCCUCCCCUCUCGGGACCAGCCAGGUGAUGGUAACGGCAUCAGGGUUGCAAACGGCGGCAGCGGCCGCGUUACAAGGAGCUGCACAGUUGCCUGCAAAUGCAAGUCUUGCUGCCAUGGCUGCUGCAGCAGGACUGAACCCAGGCUUGAUGGCAUCCUCGCAGUUUGCAGCUGGAGGUGCCUUACUCAGUCUCAAUCCAGGGACAUUAGGUGGUGCUCUCAGCCCGGCCCUGAUGAGCAACAGUACACUGGCAACUAUUCAAGCUCUUGCAUCCGGUGGCUCUCUUCCAAUAACAUCACUGGAUGCAACUGGAAACUUGGUGUUUGCCAAUGCUGGAGGUACCCCUAACAUCGUCACUGCCCCUCUGUUCCUGAACCCUCAGAACCUUUCUCUGCUCACCAGCAACCCGGUUAGCUUGGUCUCUGCAGCUGCAGCCUCCGCAGGGGCCUCUGGACCAGUCGCCAGCCUUCACGCCACCUCCACCUCAGCCGAGUCCAUCCAGAACUCUCUCCUCACAGUGGCCUCUGCCAGCGGGGCCACAUCCACCACCACUACUGCCUCCAAGGCACAGUGAGCUGGGCUGGGCUCUGCUCCAGCAGCCUGGGUCACUGUGCGCUGGGAUCGGCUGCCAGCCCGGUCGAUGAACUGAAAAUGCCAUGGGCAUCCUCUCACCGUGUUGCUGGGGACAAGAGAGAGAGAGAGAAAGAGAGAGAGAGAGAAGGAAAAAAUAUUUAAAAAACAAAACAAAACAAAAAAAAACCAAAAAAAAGGAGAAAAAAAAAAAAACAAAAGCAAAACAGGAAGGAUUUAAAGCUGGGACAGACAUUUGCCUAAUUUUAUAAUAAACACUGUCUUUUCAGGAUCGCUUCAUGGAUCGGAGAACUUUCUAACCAAAAAUGUAAAAAAAAAAAAAACACAAAAAAACUAAAAACCGCAAAAACACAAAAAAAGUGAAAGGACUACUUAUCAUUUCCAGCAGUCACAAUGACAAGUUAAGGUGGGUUAUCAGUUCAAACAGAGGAAGGGGAUUUCUUGGUUUUUUUGGUCUAAAUAUCUUUCUUUUUUAAUUAUCAUUUUAUAGGUCUGUUGUACAGGCCAUUAUGUCAUACAAGGUGUUUAUAAUCGUAUCAAUCAUGUUGGGGGUUCCUUUCUUAACUGGUACAAUUUAGGCAGGCCUGUAUUACUGGUGUAUCUCUAUUAUUAUUAUUAUGAUUAUUAUUAUUAUUAUUUUUAUAUAUAUAGUUUGGACGCGUUUGUCUUUUGCUCCUGGAUUAUUUUCAGCGAGCUCCCACACCAUGGGGGGAGGGUGGGGGGGUGGAGAGGAAGAAUGGAGCACAAAUAGACUUUCUAUCCUAAUCUUCUGGAAAUGUUCUGAAGAGUUUCCUCAUCCUUGAAUUUGUCUAAUGCCUACUUGUAGGGGUCAGAUGAAUUUAUGUUCAUCAUUUGUGCAGGAAGCUCAGUGCAGCAGCAGAGAUCAUUGUGUGCAAACUUCCAGGCUGGUCUCUGUUUUGUAAGCAGAGGUAGGAAUUUGCUCCCAACUGCCAUUCUUCUCCUCUCAAAUAUUUAGACAAAACAGCCAAAUUCUGCUCUUAGCUUCAUGUGCUUGGUUCCUUUUACUUCAGAGAGCGGGAUGUGACCUCCCGAGUGUGGAUUGUGUGACAAUACUGAUGGCUCUUCUGUUCCAGUGAUUUCGUUUUGCUGUGCAAAAGCACACACAGAUAUUUAAAAACCAUCAUGACUUAGGCUAAUUGGCAGCAUGUAAAGCAGCAUCUAGAGUCCUAGAUACCCUCUAGGUGAGUUGGUACCAGAUUUCAGAAAGUCACAUUCUGCCCAUUCAUAGCAAUAUUCCUUUUCUGAUGCUUCCAACACUAUUUAGAAGAGCUUCCUAGUAAAAAAAAAAAAAAAAAAAAA